CUAAAUCUUCAAUUUUCUUCAAACUUUACAGAAUCUGUUAAAUACAAAUAUCGUAUGAAAUUUAUCGAUGUUCUCGAGACUCUCUGUGACAAAAGUCAACAUAUGGUGAGCUUGCACUUGACGAAGGGCGAUGAAGGUCGUGAUGUAUAUGUUACAUACUUGCAUGAAGUAGGUCUUCAUGACAGUAAUUGGAGGAAAAGAGGUUACAAAGCGUAUAAAAGUAGGAGCCGUGAACCUUCUAGGAUAAAUUUGAAAAAGAUUUUAAAGUCAGUGAAGAAACGAAUGGAGUGAAGAACUCUAAAAUUAAGACUCAGGAAUUUGUCUCCCCGUUCAUCUAGACUAAGAAGCAUAGCAGCUAACUAUAAAACUUACUAUGUGAUGCAUAAAUAUAGAAACGAUUGUUUCUUCAGCAGUUUUAUUGUAAGCGUCGUAAUAUUAAGGUAGUCUCCUCGAGUACCGCAGCGAAAAACAAAGAAAUCAAAAACAGUUCAUUUGAUAAGAUUAGCUCCUCAGGACGAAAGAUUUUAAAGAGAUAUCCAAUUAUUUCGUACUCAAAUUCCUUUUUUUUCAAAGAGAGAGUAAAUUACAUGUAUCAUUAAGGUCAUCACUACUUCAAGAUAUAUUUCGUAUAGCAAGAAGGAAACUGUUAAUUUCCGGUGAUAUUGAACUGAAUCCAGGACCCACACAAUUGCCAUUUGCUGUAUUAACACAAAGAUUAAGAACGAUCUGCUUAAGGCCACUAGAUGUUGGCGGUGAUGGAGAUUGUUUUUUUAAAGUUGUCUCACAUCAGUUGUGUGGCACUCCAGAUUGUCACUUUGCAAUUCGAGAUGCUGGUAUUCAGUAUCUUAGGGAGUACCCAGAAGAAUUUAUCGAAAGCAAUGUUGCAAAUUCAUGGUUAGGCUAUUUAAAUACUAUGUCCAUGCAAGGAACAGGGUGUGAUGGUCUCAUAGUGCAGGCUGUAGCAAAUGCACUUGGUAUAACACUACAUAUCAUAGAAUCUCAUCAAAACUUUACAGAGAGGACAAUAAUUGAACCUGCCGUGACCUUACAAGGAGAACAAAGGACUAUUUACUUAGGCCGCAUAAAUGAGGUUAAUUAUGUCUCUACAGUUCCAGAUGCUCCAGAAUUAUUUAGAACACAAAUAACAAACAGUUGCAGCACUAGCAUACAUGAAUCGUAGAUUCACGACAUAUAUGAGAAAAAGAAGGGCCAAUGAAAACGAAGGGUGUAGAGAAAAACGGCUAUUGAAAAAAAUCUUUCAGAAAUCGCAUGUCGUAACUUGCCCAAAUUAUUCCAUGUGUUAUUUCCAAGUGGUGGUAUAAUAAGAUCUCACAAUUUUUUUAUUGAAGCAUUUUUUUAAACCCUUCCCUUCCUUUUUUUUCAUCAGCUGAGAAGAAUGGCUGAGAGUUCAAAGCGAAAAGGUAAGCGGCCAAGUAAAUUAUCCGUCACUUUGCAAAUUGACGAAGCGUUUCCUUGAAUAAGAUACAUAUAAAAGUACGUAAUAUAUAAAAACAUUAGUCUUAGAUAUUUACUAUUGGUCAAUAUCAUGACAACUUACCUAAAUUACAUUCAAUACAACUCAAUACAUUUUCAUGUAGCAAAGGUCUUCUUUUACUAAAAAAUUCAAAAUCUGCUACUUCUUUUAUUACUGCAACUAACGUAAUAUAUUAAACUAUUUCAAUUUAAAAACAAUUAUAGGAUUUAUUUGCAAAAAGACUGAUAAAGAAAAAUUCCCUAAAUUUUGCUGUUUACAGAUCAAUAAUAACAAUAAGCUUCAUGCUGCUUAAUGCUACUUCCACUCUCAUUACAUUAUCUUUAUAUCCUCUUCUCCACUUCUAAUAUGUGUUUCUCACCAUAUUAUUUCUCUAUUGCAGAUAGUAACGUUGGUUACGUUCACUCAUUAUCGCCCAUUAAAAAAGUAAGGUCUGGAAAAUUGUACUACAAUUUUGACCUUCAAACAUCACCAACUAAAUUCACAAGAGUGGUUGGUUUUGACAAGAAUUUACAUGCU